CCAAGCCUCCGCUGCUCCAUGCCGCCAAGAGCCGCCGCCAAGAAUAUGUAGAACGAAACACCGCUCCACCGAAGGGAGGCAGCACACCCCCACCCCUCACCUGCAGACCCUUCCAUCCGAUCCCAAUGUCCUUGGCGUCGCCUCCAGGAAGGUUACGGUGCCUAGGGCGCCGCCGACGCCCGAUCCGCAUCGGAUCUUGGGCUUUCACCCGGACAUGGGUUGGAGAGGAGAGAUGGUGCCCUCAGCAACGCCCCCAAGGAGGAAGGCGGCGCCAAAAAACGGCGUCGCCGCUGCCGGUCAGCCUAAGGCAGCCAAGGUUUCCCCCGGACACCGAUCUGCUCCACCAGAACACUCCGGAGGUGGAUCCGGCAGGAUCCAAACCGACCCGGGGACUGGGAAGGGAUGCAUGGAAGGGAGAGGGGCAAUACCUCCAGAUCUGGCACGCCUACGGCUCGCCGUCCUCACGGCCGAACCCACAGGCACGCCGCACGCCACCAGAUGCGCCGCACCAGAUCGAAGAUGGCCAGCCUUAGCGCCGCCCCCCACUCUCCCGACGAGGGAGAGGAGGAACCAGCGCCGCCGCC